AUGGCCCAAGUUAUCGUUGUCGGUGGUGGUCUCGCAGGUCUCUCGGCCGCUCACACUCUCCUCGAGCGCGGCGCGAAUGUGCUGCUCCUCGAUAAGCAACCCUUCAUGGGUGGUAACUCCACCAAGGCCACUUCAGGAAUCAACGGCGCCGGCACCCAGUCACAGCAGGACCUUGGUAUUCCGGACAACGCAAAGAUUUUCUUCGAGGACACCAAGCGUUCCGCUCGCGAGCUUGCCCGCGACGACCUCAUCCGCGUCCUCACCGGCCAGUCCGGAGAUGCCGUCAACUGGCUCCAGGACAAGUUCGCCCUUGACCUCUCUAAGGUCGCCCGGCUCGGCGGUCACACUCACCCCCGCACCCACCGCGGCAAUGCCCAGUUCCCGGGCAUGGUCAUCACUUAUGCCCAGCUAGAGCGCCUCGAGGACCUCGCAGAGACUACGCCUUCCCGCGUCCAGAUUAAGAAGAAGGCGCGCGUCAUCAAGCUUGUCAAGGACGACUCGGGCGCUGUCAUCGGCGCCGAGUACGAGCACCAGGGCAAAGUUCAGACCGCGUACGGCCCGGUCAUCCUCGCCACGGGCGGAUACGCGGCGGACUUCACGAGCGACUCGCUAUUGAAGAAGUACCGUCCCGAGUUCUGGGACCUCCCCACCACCAACGGCGAGCACUGCACCGGUGACGGACACAAGCUGGCGCUGGCCAUCGGCGCCAGCGCAAUCGACCUCGAGAAGGUCCAGGUGCACCCGACGGGUCUUGUCGACCCUAAGGAACCCGAAGCGAAGGUCAAGUUCUUGGCUGCGGAGGCGCUGCGUGGUGUCGGUGGUCUCCUUCUCGACGGUACUGGUCAGCGUUUUGUGGACGAGCUCCAGCAUCGCGACUAUGUCACCGGCAAGAUUUGGGAGAACGGCAAGUAUCCCAUCCGCCUCGUCCUCAACGGCGCCGCAUCCAAGGAGAUCGAAUGGCACGUCAAGCACUACGUCGGCCGCGGCCUCAUGAAGCGCUACGAGUCCGGCGAAGCCCUCGCCAAGGACAUCGGCAUCUCCCCCGCAGCCCUCAAGAAGACCUUCGACGACUACAACACCGCUGCGCGCACCAAGAAGGACCCCUUCGGGAAGAAGUUCUUCUCCGACAGCGAGUGGAAGCUCGACGACGUCUUCAACGUCGCGAUCAUGACCCCCGUCCUGCACUACACCAUGGGCGGGCUCGAGAUCGACCCGGAGAGCCGCGUGGUCGACAAGUCCGGCAAGCCCAUCCCCGGCCUCUUCGCCGCGGGCGAAGUCGCGGGCGGUGUCCACGGCGCGAACCGCCUCGGCGGCUCGUCUCUGCUCGGCUGCGUCGUCUUCGGGCGUGUCUCGGGCGCGUCAGCGGCGUCGUACCUCCUCCAAAAAAUCGGGCCUCUCGCGGAGAAGGCUGCCGGCCGUCUCGGCGCCGUCGCUGGUCACCUCGGCGCGGAGUCGCAGCCCUCACCACCUGCGACCGCGGCCGCCUCAGAAGAGAAGAGCACGCCCUCCGCUCCCUCAUCAGGGGGCAGCGAGUAUACGGCAGAGGAGGUCGCGAAGCACAACAAGAAAGACGACGUGUGGGUGAUCAUCGACGGGAAGGUGCUCGACGUGACCGCGUUCCUGCCGGACCACCCGGGCGGGGAGAAGGCGAUCCUCCUCUACGCGGGGCGCGACGCGACGGAGGAGUUCAACAUGCUCCACGACCCGAAGGUCAUCCCGCGGUACGCGCCCGAUGCGGUCAUCGGCUCGCUCAAGAAGUGA